AUGGAACCUGGUGUUCUUGAUAGUAUAAUUAAUAGGCUUCUUGCAGUUAGAGGGAGACCAGGUAAACAAGUGCAGCUCCAGGAGGCUGAGAUAAGGCAACUUUGUUUUGUAUCCAAGGAUAUUUUCUUGAGGCAGCCUAAUCUUUUGGAGCUUGAUGCUCCUAUCAAGAUUUGUGGUGAUGUCCAUGGUCAGUAUUCAGAUCUUCUGAGGCUUUUUGAGUUUGGCGGAUUACCUUCUCACUCCAACUACUUGUUCUUGGGGGAUUAUGUCGAUCGUGGGAAGCAAAGCCUUGAAACCAUAUGCCUUCUCCUUGCAUAUAAAAUAAAGUAUCCAGAGAACUUUUUCCUUCUGAGGGGCAACCAUGAAUGUGCUUCAAUAAACCGAAUAUAUGGGUUUUUUGAUGAGUGUAAACGAAGAUUUAAUGUCAGACUCUGGAAAGUAUUUACAGAAUGUUUCAACUGCCUUCCUGUGGCAGCUCUCAUUGAUGAGAAAAUUCUCUGCAUGCAUGGCGGACUAUCUCCUGAGUUAAACAAUUUAAAUCAGAUUAAGAGUUUACAGCGACCUACUGAUGUCCCAGACAGUGGUUUGCUAUGUGAUCUCCUGUGGUCUGAUCCUAGCAAAGACAUUCAAGGUUGGGGACCAAAUGAGAGGGGAGUUUCCUUUACCUUUGGUGCUGAUAGGGUGACGGAGUUUCUUCAGAAGCAUGAUCUAGAUUUAAUUUGCCGAGCUCACCAGGUUGUCGAAGAUGGAUAUGAGUUCUUUGCCAACAGACAACUUGUGACAAUAUUUUCAGCACCUAAUUACUGUGGUGAGUUUGACAAUGCUGGGGCAAUGAUGAGCGUGGAUGAGUCUCUUAUGUGCUCUUUCCAGAUAUUGAAACCUGCUGAAAAGAAGCCAAAGUUUGGCUUUGGGAGUAGAGCUUCAGCUAAGCCGGGUACUACAAUGAAAGCCAAGUCGUUUCUUGGUGCAAUGGCGUAA